CAGUGAAGAUGGCCGGCAAAACAGAGUACUUGAAGAACAACGAUGGCACCCAGAUCCAGUCAAUUGGCCUGGGCACCUUUGCGUCGGUGGAUGGCGAUUGCGAACGGGCCGUUCUCCAUGCGAUUGAUGUGGGCUACCGGCAUAUAGACACCGCCUACUUUUACGGGAAUGAAGGUGAAGUAGGUGCUGCGGUUCGAAAGAAGAUUGAAGAAGGUGUUAUCAAGAGGGAGGAUAUCUUCAUCACCACCAAGCUUUGGUGUCACUUUCAUGAACCGGAAAUAGUAGAGCACGCCUGCCGCAAGACCUUGGAUAACAUUGGUCUGGACUAUGUGGACCUCUAUCUGAUCCACUGGCCUUUCUCCUACAAAUACCGAGGUGACAACGAACUGAUUCCCAAAGAUGCCAAUGGAGAGGUUGAACUUAUUGACAUCGAUUACCUGGACACCUGGCGGGCAAUGGAGAAGCUGGUGGAUCUAGGCCUGACCAAAGCCAUCGGAGUCUCCAAUUUCAACUCGGAGCAGUUGACCCGCCUGCUGGCCAACUGUAGGAUCAAGCCAAUCCACAAUCAGAUCGAAGUCCACCCAGCUCUAGAUCAGACAAAGCUGAUUGCCCUGUGCAAAAGCAAUGACAUUGUGGUGACCGCUUUUUGCCCGCUGGGCAGGCACAAUGCCGAGCUAAGAACACCCGCUUUUAUGUACGAUGGCAAGGUGCAGAAGAUUGGAGACAAGUACAACAAGACCAUUGCCCAAGUGCUGAUCCGAUAUCUGAUUGAACUUGGAACUAUCCCAUUGCCCAAGUCGUCCAAUCCCAAGCGCAUCGAGGAGAACUUCAAAGUCUUUGAUUUCCAACUGGAUGCUGAGGAUCAUGCUAUAUUGAAUUCCUAUCACAAUGGAGAGCGAGUGGCUCAUGCUCGGCAAGCCAUCAAGAGCAAAUACUAUCCCUUUAAUGUCUACAGUGCUUGUUUUUAAUAUUUUUAAGAAAUAUAUAAUUGAUUUUUAAA